AAACAAAGAUGGCGGUGUGCAUGAGAAGCAUGAAAUCAGCACGCGGUCUCUCAAUUUUCUUUAGGGUGUUCCAACCCUCACUAUUCCAGGCCUCUUCGAUUUUAUCAGGGUUUACGCCGCAGUAUGUGUACCUCGAUGCAGCAAAUCAACGAAGAGGAAUGAGAUAUUGGGUGCACAAAGCAUUGAAAAAUUUUAAGCGACGCAGGGAUGAAGAAGGACCAUUUGAGGCACCUCGCUCUGCAAGAUAUGAAUGGAAUUACAAUGCAGAGAUCUUUGCCUUUGCUUCUCGCCUCCGUGAGCCCUUCAACGAGGAUCUCCUGAGGAGGGCCUUCACCCUUCGAUCUUAUGUCAACAAGGAGACGGUAAGGAGGGAAGAGCUGGAAAUUCCCAGUGAGAUCCAGAUGGAAGACAAUGAGGAGUUGGCAUCACGAGGAUAUGCUCUCGUAUCCUCCUAUGUCAAGCGGUACCUCAGAACAGUCCUCCGUUUUGUACCUGAAGAAGGAAUCCAGGCCAUUCAUGACUACACCACAAAAAGUGAGGUAGUUGCCAAUGUUGCUUCUCAUAUAGGUGUGAAGGAUCUCAUCCUGUCUGCAGAAUAUCCUCCAAAUGAGGCAUCUCAUGUGAAGACAUUCUUUGCUCUUGUUGGUGCUCUCGAAGCUUCACAGAACACAAAGCAUGCGGAGCUCUUUGUCCAAGAUUUCCUCCUCACUCAGUUGGCCGACAAGGACCUGUUCGAAAUGUGGGAACUGAAGAAUCCCAUGGGUCUCUUAGCCAGCAUCCUCAAGAGAGAGGGAAGAGGUGAGCCUGAGGUGAGGCUACUGAGGCAGGCAGGCCCUGACACGAUCUUGGCUGUCUUCUGGGUCGGCAUCUACUCUGAUCAGAUUCUCAUUGGACAAGGUCCAGGGGAAUCACUGGAAAUUGCAGAGGAAAUGGCAGCUCGAGAUGCUCUGAGGCGGCUGUUCCAUCUUGAAGACUCUGCUUCUCCUCUUCCAUUUGGAAAACAAGGUCAAGAUCUGCCAGUACCUCAUGCAGAUAAACCCAAUUUACCUGCAACCAAAUGGACUUCCCUUGAAGCCACCAAGAAUGUUGUGUCAUGUUAGUAAAAUGAAAAGUGUCAGAGUGAUGAUAUAAAAAGAGGUACUUCAUUCUAUCUGGCAUUCAUGUCUCAGGUGCAAAAUGAAGAAAGAAAC